AUGGACGACCAUACGAAUAAGUGGUCGGAUGACCUUGAAUACGUUCCCACGAAAGCUGAAGGUCAAGCAAUUGAUCAUGGCGCGGAUACAGAGCUUCAUCGCUCUCUUGGGACGCGCCAUAUCACCAUGGUGGCCCUCGGGUCUGCCAUUGGUAUGGGAAUGUGGCUUGGAAGUGGUACAUCUCUCAUUCAGGGAGGUCCAGCAAGUCUCUUUAUUGGAUUUCUGAUUAGUAGCUCUAUAGUCUGGGCCGUCAGUCAGUCCAUUGGCGAGAUGGCUGUCAUCUAUCCUCUCCCCUCCGCUUUCGUUCAAUGGUCCACCAUUUUCAUCAGUCCUGCGGCAGGAUUUGCUCUGGGAUGGGGAUAUUGGUUUUCCUACUGGAUUACAAUUGCCAAUGAGCUACAGGGUGUCGUGACUGUUUUAAACUACUGGACCGAUGCAGUGCCAACGGCCGCCUGGAUCUCAAUUUUUUGGGUCGUCAUUAUUUUGAUCAACGUAUGGGUCGUCAAGUUCUUCGCCGAAGUUGAAGUUUUCUCUUCGAGUGUAAAGUUCGGAUGGAUGAUCAUCGCAAUUGUCGCACUUAUUGUCGCUACAGCUGGCGGAGCUCCAAGUGGAGGCCCUAUUGGUUUCCGAUAUUGGAAUGAGCAGCCAUUCAAUAAUGGCUUCAAAGGCUUCCUCGCUGUUCUGCCGACUUGUGUGUUUUCUAUGGCCGGUUCGGAAAACGCGGCGUUGGUCGCCACAGAGGUAUCCAACCCUAGAAGGUCAGUCCCGAAGGCUGUGGGAUCUGUUUGGCUCCGUUUAGCUAUAUUUUAUAUCCUCGGUAGUUUGAUGAUCACCCUAACUGUCGACCCGAAUGAUCCCAACCUAUUCGGAGGAUCCGGUAGCAAUGCAUCUCCCUUUGUCAUUGCCUUUCGAAAUACCGGUCUCCCAGUCAUGGCACACAUUACCAAUGCCGUCAUUUUUGUUUCGAUAAUCUCGACUGGCAGCAUCUCCGGAUACGGUGGAUCGCGCAUGUUGAUGGGUUUGGCGCACGUGCAAAUGAACCACCAGAUAUUUGGUCGGGCUGACUCUAUGGGCCGGCCAUGGGCGGGAUAUAUUGCGACUAUCGGCAUCGGAGGUGCAGUGGCGUAUAUCAAUGUCUCGCAUACUGGUGCUGAGGUUUUUUCCUGGCUGUCCAGCUUGGUUGCACUCCUGACCCUUUUCGGAUGGGGCAUGAUUUGCCUCACGCAUCUUCGGUUCCGGUAUACCUGGAAGCUUCAGGGUCGUGAUGUUGCGCACCUUCCUUGGAAGACAUGGACCUUCCCUUACGCUGCUUGGUGGGGAUUGAUUUGGUGCAUCCUGAUUAUCAUUGUCGAAUUUUAUCUGAGUGUCUGGCCUCUUCACGGGCUUUCGAGCGCCAAAAACUUCUUUGCAAAUUUUGUCAGUGUUAUUGCUGUUGUCGUCAUCUGGAUCGGGUCCCAGAUUUGGUACAGGUGCCCAAUAUGGGCCGAUGCGAGCAAGAUCAACCUUGAUGAAUUCCGACGCUUCUAUAGGGAGGAGGUUGAUGAAGAGGCCGUACCUACGAAGGUGAAGAUCUGUCGCACGCUCAAGGCUGUCUUUGAAUAA